UCUUAACAGACCUGCCAACCCCUUCCAUGCGCUAGGGCUUGCUUGUUUUUAUCCUGUGGGCCAGUCCUCUGGGAGUGCAGUGGAGAGGACAAAGUGAAGGAGCCACUCUUCCCCUUCACAAUAAGAGGACAUGACUGGAGUCCCACCCAAAUCUGAAGUGUUUUUGGUGGAGACAUGCGAGAGGCCUUCUCAGGGCUGUAUACCAUAUUUUCUGUGGGGAGGCCACAUGCUUGCUUUCCUUUUGUGAGGAGGCUUGUUUUAUCUUUCUCAUCUGCCGCCUAAGAGGUUUUAACGGUUUGGUGUCCUGCGAUUUUCUUAAGACUCUUCUAAUUUUACUUUACAUACAGUGCCAGAUUACCAAAUAGGCCCUGCGAUCAAACGCAUCAAAACAUCAAUAACUGAUUUGAUCCCGAGAGGAAAAUGUAAUCGAGUAUUAGGAUAUAUAUUCAGCUUCCUAGAAUUUAAUUCCAGCACCGUUUACACACUUUAGAUACUUUUAUUUUCUUCAUUGUGUUUUGCUGGUUCUGUUGUCAGCUGGCUUUCACACUGUGUAGAAAAGCAGGCCUUUAUUCAGGGAUAGUGUUGUAAACAAAAAAUCUGCCCUUAUUUCCUUAUGGGGAACACAAGAGCCCUCAUAGAGUCCUUUGUAAGUUCUCCAUCGGUCGGAGGAAAAAAACAGGCCAACCAGAGAAUAUUGAGAAGCAAAGCAGCUAGUAAGCUUGAUCUGUUGCAAAAGGGUGCUUCCCUCACCCACAGGAGAGGAGGAGGAACCCAGAACAAUGGCGCACAAGGCCUUAUAAAGACUUGAAAUUGCCACCCUGUAGAUCAAGACCACCCCCAGAAACAUCAUACAUACAUCACAGAAGGGGUGUAAUCUAAGACCACCCCUCAGAUACAUCAUACCUACAUCACAGAAAAGGCAGUCUAAAACAGAAAUUUGAAUGUUGUUUUUCUCCUGUCGUUGUUUAUCUCCUGUCUGGCAGGUUACUUGAUUGGAUUGCCUGGGGAGCCUGGCCAGUCUUUUGUAAUGAUAAAUAGUUCCUGGGCCAUAUCACAGGAUCACACCUUAUUCAUAUCUUAAAUGUGCCCUUAAGACAGGAUUUGUGAAGGAAAAGACAAUGGGGAAGAUUUUCCAUUUGACCUUGCAGAGAAAACACCUGGUCAGCCUGGGAGUCAAAAUGGCUCCAUGGCUGCUCUCCCAUGCAGCUUCAGACAUGUGGCCUAUAUAUCCAUCUUUCCGCCCAUGAAAAUUGGUUUGUUACGCCUUCAGGUUUCUCUCUUCCAGUGUUUCUGUUCCCCCUCCUAUGAAUGGAGCAAUUGCAGCAGAACUUUGGUCACCGCGAUCUUGCUGAAAUAUCAGCACACAAUUUGGGACACAAGCAUUUUGGUUUCAUCAUGAUUUCCUGUCACUUCAGCAUUUGGGUUUUCUUCCUUUUCCUGGUGUAUCCGCUUUCACCGGCUGCAGUCUUCUUAAAGCAUGAGGAAGCAAGCAGUGUGCUACAAAGGAAUAAGAGAGCCAACACCAUCUUUGAAGAGAUGAAAGUGGGAUCACUGGAACGAGAAUGCAUGGAAGAGAAAUGUUCAUUUGAGGAAGCCAGAGAAAUCUACAAAGAUAGCGAAAGGACUAUGGAAUUCUGGAAACAAUACACAGAUGCUAAUGAGUGUGACUCCAACCCUUGUCAGAAUGGUGGGACUUGUCAUGAUGAGUACCAGAAGUACAAUUGUUACUGUCCUGAAGAUUAUGAGGGCAGAAACUGUGAAAUUGGCCCAGAAACCAGACUGAAGUGCAUUUAUGACAACGGCAAUUGUGAGCAUUAUUGCAUCGAUAUCCCAAAUGCAGUACGACAGUGUUUCUGUGCAGAGGGAUAUAGGCUGGGAAGUGAUAAAGAAUCUUGUAUCCCAGAAGUUGAUUAUCCUUGUGGGAAAAUACCACUUCUGGCCAAAAAAAGGGAGGACCGACAGGGAAGAAUCGUAGGUGGUUAUACCUGUCCUCCAGGUGAAUGCCCAUGGCAAGCUCUCAUGAUAGAAGGUCAAAGGCAGAGGUGUGGAGGUGUUCUGAUUGCUCCGUCAUGGGUAGUUACUGCAGCCCACUGCUUCUCACAAACACGUCGCGAAACACUCAGGAUAAAGCUGGGUAAAUACAGGAUAGACCAGGAAGAAGAAGGUGAACAGGAAAGAAGAGUUGCUAAAAUCAUAAUCCAUGAAAAGUAUUCUCCCAAAAAAGUUGAAAAUGACAUUGCCUUGUUGCAGUUAGCGACACCUGUCAAUUUCACAGAUUACGUGGUGCCCAUAUGCUUGCCUCAGCAGCGGUUUGCUGCAGAUGUGCUGAGCUUCAUUGAAUACUCCACAGUGAGUGGAUGGGGGCGUCUCUUAGAAGGCGGGGCUACGUCAGCCACACUUAUGCAAGUGAGACUCGUCAAAAUGCAUAGAAAAGAAUGUGCUCAGCACACUAACUUAAACAUUACAAAGAACAUGUUCUGCGCAGGAUACCUUGAUGGGAGUCGAGACUCUUGUGAAGGUGACAGUGGUGGGCCUCACGCCACUGAGUACAGGAAUACGUGGUUUCUAACAGGGAUCGUGAGCUGGGGUAAAGGCUGUGCGGCAAUGGGCACAUACGGAGUUUACACCAAUGUCGUAGAAUACAUUGGGUGGCUAAACAAUCACAUGCAGAAUACCUCUAGCACGGCAGUUGUACAUACACCCUCUCAGAAUUAAGGCCUAUUGAGUUCAAUGGGAUUUAAUCACAGAUAAAUGUAUACAGCAUUGCAGCCUUCAUUAGCACUUUCCUUGUGUUUUUUUUGACACUUGUUUUUCAGCAUUCUUCAAGCAUCGUAUAUCAAUUAAAGGCUAUAUACUGAAUUAACACUUCCUUUUAUACAUUUUCACAAGUUUAUUCUUCAGUAUUAUUUUUAACAUUGCGACCAGGAAGGGAGCAUACGCUGUUUAUAAUUGUAGUGUAAUCUUUAACAUUUUUCACUUACAACAAGAAAAAUAAGAAUUUGAUUUGAUUCUUGCAGUCUUAAAAGUUUCAGUAGAAAAAAAGAGUGGACAUGCUUAAUUCAGUUUGCAUAAGGCAAAGUAUUUAAAGUGAUAGGAGAUGCUGUCUCGGCUUUGUUCCUUUCUCUCUACACGGUUUGUGAAUGCUAUGUACAUUCCCAUCCCCGCUCUUACGCUUUCAACAACUCUCCGAGGUAGGUUAGACUGAGUUAACCCAUAUGCACAUAGAGCUGAGCAACCAAAAUGAUCAGAGGAUCACCUUGGGGCCACCUUCCCAAUGAGGAGUACGGAUGAAAGGAUAUGUCAAUUAUGGUUCUCUCCGUUGCUUACUUUUCCAAUCUUAAAUUCAGUUCUCCACGUUUCUGCAACAGCUUGCAAUUU